AUGUGCCUCAUAACCAAGGCAAAUGAAUUUUGUUCCACACCUACUGAUGAAUUCAAAUUUUGCUGUGUUUUACCUGGGCGAUUUCACUGGCCAGUUGUUUCUUUUCUGUCACUAGACUUUCGUCUGGCGCUCAUUCAGCUUCAAGUAUCCACCGUCAAAUCCGACAACCUGCAGCGAGCCUGCAGGAUGGUGAAAGAAGCAUCAGCAAAAGGAGCUCAAGUUGUGGCUCUGCCUGAAUGUUUUAACUCUCCUUAUGGAACGCACUUCUUCAAGGAAUAUGCAGAGAACAUCCCUGGAGAAACGACACACAAACUCUCAGAAACCGCAAAGGAGUGUAACGUAUAUCUUGUUGGAGGAUCCAUUCCGGAAGAGGAUGCUGGAAAGCUGUAUAAUACCUGUACUGUCUUUGGGCCUGAUGGAGCUAUGUUGACCAAGUAUAGGAAGAUUCAUUUGUUUGACAUUAAUGUUCCUGGGAAGAUACAGUUCAAAGAGUCGGAAACACUGAGUCCAGGGAACACUUUCUCUACAUUUGAUACUCCGUACUGCAGAGUGGGCCUGGGCAUCUGCUACGACAUAAGGUUUGCUGAGCUGGCUCAGAUCUACGGGCAGAAAGGUUGCCAGCUGUUGGUGUAUCCGGGAGCUUUUAACCUGACAACAGGACCAGCGCACUGGGAACUACUACAAAGGGGACGAGCUCUUGAUAAUCAAGUCUAUGUAGCCACUGCCUCUCCUGCUAGAGAUGAAAAUGCUUCCUACAUUGCUUGGGGACACAGCACUGUAGUAAAUCCAUGGGGGGAAGUUAUUGCCAAAGCUGGUGCCGAGGAGGCCAUUCUGUACGCAGAUAUAGAUCUGAAGAAGCUUGCGGAAAUCCGUGAGCAAAUCCCGGUUUUGAACCAGAAGCGCAACGAUCUGUAUGGCCUGGAGGUGAAAAAGUGA